UUAAUUGCUGAAGAGUGAAGACCACAUAGGAUUCAUCAUUUUCCAAACGAGCAUCUUCGUAGUUUCUUAAGUCAAGAGAAGAAGUGAAGUGCUGCUUCAAUGGCUUCAAGUCAGGAAGAGGUGAUCCUUUUGGGGGUUAUUGGAAGCCCAUUUCUGCACAGGGUGCAGAUUGCUCUCAAAUUGAAGGGAGUUGAAUACAAAUAUUUGGAAGAUGAUUUGAACAACAAGAGUGAUUUGCUCCUCAAGUAUAACCCAGUUUAUAAAAUGAUUCCAGUGUUUGUUCACAAUGAAAAGCCCAUAUCCGAGUCCCUUGUGAUUGUUGAGUACAUCGAUGACACAUGGAAAAACAACCCCAUCUUGCCUUCUGAUCCUUACCAUAGAGCCUUGGCUCGUUUCUGGGCCAAGUUCAUUGAUGACAAGUGCGUGGCUCCAGCAGCGAAAUCUGUUUUUAUUGUUGAUGAGAAAGAGAAAGAGAAGGCAAAAGAAGAAUUAUUUGAGGCUCUGAAUUAUCUUGAGAAUGAGUUGAAGGGAAAGUUUUUUGGUGGAGAUGAGUUUGGCUUUGUGGAUAUUGCUGCUGUGAUCAUACCUAUAAUUCAAGAGAUAGCAGGGUUGCAAUUGUUCCCAAGUGAGAAAUUCCCAAAGCUCUCCAAAUGGAGCCAAGACUUUUACAACCAUCCACUUGUUAACCAAGUUAUGCCUCCUAAGGACCAACUUUUUGCCUAUUUCAAGGCUCGGGCUCAAAGCCUCGCUGCUAAAACAAAGAAUUAACAAAGACUCAGAAUUCCCAAGGAGAUUUUAAUAUUGUAGGAAGUGAAAGCUACUUACUAUCUAUGUUUAGUUUUCGUUUUGUUCAACAAUCUAUGUUUAGUUUUCGUUUUGUUCAACAAUCUAUGUUUAGUUAUUGCGGUUAUAUUUUCAUUUCAAAAUGAAUUAAGCGAUAUAGGAUUUCGCCAUGUAAAAAAAAUAAAAAUCCAAGGUUGUUGACAUUUUCGCUAUUUCAAA